AUGUCUACACAUCCGCCGUCGCCUCCUCCCCACUCCCGCCCGGGGGAGCGCUCUCGUGAGCCCGGUCGUGAGAUGAAACUUCUGCACUUCAUUUACGGCCAGAAGAACAUAGAUGACAUCAGAGGACAUCCCCAGAAGGUGCUCGACCUAAUUGACGAAUUCGAGAAUGACUACCACCUGAUGACAGUCGGAGUACCCAAGGGGAAGAUCGUGAAGGAUCUGAUCAAUGAAACCAAGCCGAAGACAAUGAUUGAGCUCGGUUGCUACGUGGGAUAUUCCGCUAUUCUGUUCGGCGAUGCCGUGCGUCGCAACGGCGGCGAGCGCUAUCUCAGCCUCGAACUUAACCCGGAGUGGGCUGCCAUUGCCAAUAUGCUCAUAGAACUCGCUGGUCUGCGAGAUUUUGUACGCGUCAUCGUCGGCCGCAGUGAUACUUCGCUCGACAAGUUGUUCAAGAGUGGCGAGGUAAAGAAGAUCGAGCUUAUGUUCAUUGACCACUACAAGCCGGCCUACACGACAGACCUCAAGCUCUGUGAACAGCUUGGAAUGAUCCAGCCCGGCUCAGUUCUGGCUGCUGACAAUGUCAUUUAUCCGGGCAACCCUCCCUAUUUGGAAUAUGUCCGAAGCACCGUAGAGCAGAAGCGGGAAGCGGCUAAGAACGGCCCUGUGAAGGGUUACAGCACCCAGGGAAUGAAAGACCGCAGUGUGCGGUCCUUCAUGCCCGAGGAUGACGUGCCUGCCUUCGAAACGGUCGGGAACCCCAACCUCGUGUACAAGAGCGAGCUAUGCCAGCCCGAGGGCCAAAGAGAUGCGAUUGAAGUGACGCGAUGUGUUGGGGUACAGGAAGCAUGA